UCAGGUGCAGAACAGAGAGCUUCAUUCUGCACUGGGCCAUCACGGUGUGGAUUUUCAGCUCAUGUCUACCUGAAGCUUAUGCCGCAUUUUCUUCCAUGGCCACGCAAAACAGCGAAGACCCAGCAGCCCCGUGGAUAAGCACAGACCUGCAGUCUGGAAGAAGACCGUGUGAUGGGGACUGCCCUGUCCCUCAGAGAGGGCAGCACGUGGCGGCGGCAGCAUGGGUGCAGAGGGCUCUGCCCAGCGCCUACCGAUGGCUCUCACCUGCGGGCUUGGAGCCUCGAAUCCAAAGAAAGCCAUCCACAUGCUGUGCUCGGGCAGCUCUCGGCAUCUACCUGCUGCUACUGACGGCUGGCCAGGGGCUGCUGGUGUACAAAGUGUUUAAGAUGCAGAGAGAGAUAAUGAAAUUUCAAGAACAAAAUACCUCCUAUACAGAAGAGAUUCUGGAAAGCUCCUUUGCCAACAAACUGCUUUUGGAGAGAAGCUCUACAGGGAAGUACGUGGGACGUGAAGAAAACUGGAGGAGAAACUUAGAAGAGGAAAUCACCAUAAUUAAAAGCAGCAAUGCAAAGCUGAUGGUACUGAUGAACAACAUCACUCGUUUUGCAGGGCCUCCUGGACGCAAAGGAGAUCCUGGUCCACCAGGGCUACAGGGACCACCGGGGAGAAAGGGAGAACAAGGAAUCCAAGGCAUGCAUGGACUGCAGGGCGCGAAGGGGAGUAAAGGAGAUCCUGGUCCUGCUGGCCCCAGUGGUGAACCAGGAGCGAGAGGAGAAAAAGGAGAGAUGGGGCUUGCAGGUCUUCAAGGACCUAAAGGUGAAAUGGGCAGGAAGGGAGAUCCCGGGCUCCAUGGACCCAUGGGUCCUCAGGGACAGAAGGGAGACCCAGGACAGCCAGGUUUCAAAGGUAUCAAGGGGGAGCCUGGACAUCCUGGGCAGAAAGGAGCGCCAGGCAUCACUGGACAACUGGGACCCAUGGGAGUUCCUGGCCUCGAUGGCAGACCUGGUCAGAAAGGGGAGAAGGGGGACCCUGGACCCAGUGGUAAUCCAGGAACACCAGGCACUGCAGGACUCAGAGGUGAAAAGGGAGAGAGAGGAGAAACAGGUCUUCCAGGGCAAAAGGGAACAAAGGGAGACCAGGGCCUGCCAGGCAUCCAAGGCAUAACUGGUGAAAAAGGAAGCAAGGGUGAUUAUGGCAGUCGUGGUCAAAAAGGAGAACCGGGACUAAAAGGCACAAAGGGAGACCGUGGAUUCUCUGGUUCCCCAGGAACGAAAGGGAGCAAAGGUGAAAAGGGAGAAGGCAACUUCAAUCAUUUUAUUCGAAUCGCAGAAGGGGGAAGGAGGGGCCGCGUGGAAAUCUUUUACCAAGGGUCCUGGGGAACAAUAUGUGAUGAUGGCUGGGGCAACCAAGAUGGCGGCGUGGUUUGCCGAAUGCUGGGAUACAGCCGUGUGGUCUCCACCUUCACAGCAAGACCAGGCACUGGACAAAUUUGGCUUGAUGAUGUGAAUUGCAGUGGGAAUGAAUAUUCAAUUUUUGACUGUCCAAAGCCCAAGUGGGGUGUGAACAACUGCUCCCACAACGAGGACGCUGGGGUGGAGUGCGCUUGAUGGGACACAGAAGCUGCCCUGGGAGCUGCUGCCCCCCUCUGCUCUCUACAGGGCUCUUGAUCAUAACAUGAACCCAAUGUCAUCAGGCUGUGCUUAUAGUCUCUUUACCAGGUCAUAAAAAUAUUGACAGAGAAAGCUGAAUUUUCCAUAAAUCAAUAAUGGUUGCAAGACCCACAGGUAACCUGAAACAUCCCAUCUGUCAUGAAACAACUGGAGCUCAGGCACAUGAGCCAGUUCACAGCUUUUCCAGCUACCUGACAUCAGCUCAUCUGCAGUAGCUCACACAUGUGUGACCUCUAUGUCCACAGAGGAGGAGAGAUGGUCCACUUUAGCUUAAUUGCAGAAAGAGAGAACAGGGUAAGCGUGCAGAAACAGGCAGCUACUGCAGCUGAGCUGGCUAGUCCGUCUUCAUCACAGUACAAUUGUGAAUCUGAGCCUAAACCCCCCCAGUGAAGUGCAUACACCCAAGACAGGAGAUGCUCAGAUAUCAUAUGUGGGAGUCAAAUAUAAAUGUUCUCCAGAAACGAUCCCGAUCACAGGUUAAAGUGCAAAAAUAAGUGCUUGGGAUCUAGGUGCUGCACUAUCCAGGUUUAGCACAGACCUUGACCUUGGCCAAGUCUUCUGCCUUGUCUCUCAGUGUUUCCUAACCUGUCUCCAGGAGCAACACCCCUUACCUUAUCUGGUGUAUAAAGCUAAGCAUUUCAUACCUUUAGAAAUUACAUACUCCAGUAAAGCAAAGGGAUGAAAAAUAAAAGCAAUAGUGGGGAAGUAUCAGCUAAUUAAACUUCCAGAGCAAAAAUGCAGACCCUAAACCAAAGUCUUCUACCUUAAUUGAAAAUCUUAGGUGUCUGAGAUAAUAACUGAAAGGUUUCUCUUUCUUAAGACAUAAGUCUUCCCCUUUUCCACCAGCACCGGACAUUCAGCAGGUGACAAAAAGCCUGUCUACAUGUAGCUGUGCACAACACAACAAUCUGCUUUUAUUUCAUUGUAUUUCAAAUGUCAGAAAUACAUGUAAGCAGCCCCACAUCUCUGCCUUAAUGUGAGUCAUAAUUGCAUUUGUCUACACAGCUUUGAAACUUGUUUUUAGUGCUUAGAAAUUCAGACAUAAUUGGAAAAACUGAGCAGUGCUGGCAAGAGCAGCAGGUGAUGGGGCAUCCAGGACCUCAGGAAAGAAGUCUGGAAAAUCCCAAGAGUUUUCCAGUAUCCACUCCAAUGCCUUUGACAGCAGGAAAAGGAAGAGAGCCGCUUACCAUUCCUGGUUCUGGUUUAGAGGAGGCAAGGAGCACCUGCCACAAACCCUGGGAGAAAUCUGAUGAAUGACAACUAUUUCAGAGCUGGUAGAAAAGGACAGUGUCUCAUGCUCAUGAGAAGAGACAAAAACUUUCUCUUCUGGUAGGGACCCCCACCAGCAUGCUGAGUACUGGCACUUGGGCUAACACAACUUUCUGCAGGGCUUCCACAGACAGUGCUGAGCCUGCACAGGUUUCCUUCAUCUUUUUUUUCUUUUUCUUUUCUCUUUUUUUCUUUCUUCUUCUUUUCUUUUCCUUUUUUUUUCUUUUUUUUUUUUUUUUUUGCAUGGCAGUAUGUAAGUAAAGCAUUUUCACUGUUAGGAAAUAAAGGAUUUACAAGUUGUA